CUUCCGGUUACACUGGGACUCACGCGUCUAAGCUGCCGCGGGGACUGGGCAGUGACUGACGGAGGCCUGCGAUUUCCACCAGCUGCUCGCCUGGGAGCCCGUCUGCAGCCACCAUGUCGGGCAGGAACAACAACAAGCUGCCCAGCAACCUGCCGCAGUUACAGAACCUGAUCAAGCGGGACCCGCCGGCCUACAUCGAGGAGUUCCUCCAGCAGUAUAAUCACUAUAAAUCCAAUAUGGAGAUUUUCAAGUUACAGCCAAAUAAACCCAGCAAAGAACUGGCAGAGCUGGUGAUGUUUAUGGCGCAGAUUGCCCACUGCUACCCGGAGCAUCUCAGUAGCUUCCCACAGGAGCUGAAGGAGCUGCUCUCCUACAACCACACCGUCUUGGACCCGGAUCUCCGCAUGACAUUUUGCAAAGCGUUGAUCUUGCUGAGAAAUAAAAAUCUCAUCAACCCAUCAAGUUUGCUGGAGCUCUUCUUCGAGCUCCUGCGCUGCCACGACAAGCUCCUGCGAAAGACUCUAUACACACAUAUCGUGACUGACAUCAAGAACAUAAAUGCCAAACACAAGAACAAUAAAGUAAUGUGGUAAGUGCUGGCGCAGAAUUUCAUGUACACCAUGCUGAGAGAGAACGCGACUGCAGCCAAGAUGUCGCUGGAUGUCAUGAUCGAGCUCUACAGAAGGAACAUCUGGAAUGAUGCUAAAACUGUCAAUGUUAUCACAACUGCCUGUUUCUCAAAGGUCACCAAGAUACUGGUUGCUGCUUUGACGUUCUUCCUUGGGAAAGAUGAGGAAGAGAAACAGGACAGUGACUCCGAAUCUGAGGAUGAAGGACCCACAGCAAGAGACCUGCUGGUGCAGUAUGCCACGGGGAAGAAGGGCUCCAAAAACAAGAAGAAGUUGGAGAAGGCAAUGAAGGUGCUGAAGAAACAAAAGAAGAAGAAGAAACCAGAAGUGUUUAACUUUUCAGCUAUUCAUUUGAUUCAUGAUCCCCAAGACUUUGCGGAGAAGCUUCUGAAGCAGCUAGAGAGCUGUAGGGAGAGGUUUGAAGUGAAGGUGAUGCUCAUGAACCUCAUCUCCAGAUUGGUGGGGAUUCACGAGCUUUUCCUCUUCAACUUCUACCCUUUUGUGCAAAGGUUUCUGCAGCCCCACCAGAGAGAAGUCACGAAGAUCCUUCUGUUUGCUGCACAAGCCUCUCAUCACCUGGUGCCUCCAGAGAUCAUUCAGUCGCUGCUCAUGACGGUGGCCAACAAUUUUGUUACUGACAAGAACUCUGGGGAAGUCAUGACUGUAGGAAUCAAUGCUAUAAAGGAAAUAACAGCUCGAUGUCCUUUGGCCAUGACUGAAGAACUUCUCCAGGACUUGGCUCAGUACAAGACACACAAAGAUAAGAACGUAAUGAUGUCUGCCAGAACUUUGAUCCAUCUCUUCCGGACACUGAACCCUCAGAUGCUGCAGAAGAAGUUCCGGGGUAAACCUACUGAAGCCUCCAUUGAAGCAAGAAUACAAGAAUAUGGAGAGUUAGAUGCUAAAGAUUACAUUCCGGGAGCAGAGGUUCUAGAGAUUGAGAAAGAAGAGGAUGCAGAAAAUGAUGAAGACGGAUGGGAGAGCGCCAGCCUCAGCGGGGAGGAGGAGGAGGGUGAGUGGGUGGACGUGCACCACUCUUCCGACGAAGAGCAGCAAGAAAUUGCCAAGAAGCUGGACAGCAUGCCCAUGGAGGAGCGGAAAGCCAAAGCUGCAGCCAUCAGCACAAGUCGGGUUUUAACACAGGAUGACUUCCAAAAAAUCCGCAUGGCUCAGAUGAAGAAAGAAAUGGAUGCUGCCCCCGGGAAAGCCCAGAAAAGGAAAUACAUAGAAAUCGACAGCGACGAGGAGUCCAGGGGUGAAUUGCUGUCUCUUCGGGACAUUGAACGCCUUCAUAAAAAGCCCAAGUCUGACAAGGAGACAAGACUAGCAACCGCCAUGGCAGGAAGGACAGAUCGAAAGGAAUUUGUGAGGAAAAAAACCAAAAUAAAUCCAUUUUCCAGUUCCACAAAUAAAGAGAAGAAGAAACAGAAGAACUUUAUGAUGAUGCGCUACAGCCAGAAUGUCCGCUCAAAAACCAAGCGCUCCUUCCGGGAGAAGCAGCUAGCACUACGAGAUGCACUUUUGAAAAAGAGGAAAAGAAUGAAGUAACGUAGCAGCAAGUUACCGUUUCCUGCCAUUGCUGUGUGUAUCGACAUGCUGAAAAUUAGUAAAUAUUUGCUUACAUUAAAAGGACAAGAGACACUAUAUUUUGGAAACCACAA